ACAUGGAAAUGAUAUCUACGAUCGAUAUCUGGAGUAUUUCAAAACACCUUACUUCAUCUUUGUUCGUGACAUCUUGAGCUAUCUUGCGUUACUUGUGCUUCAUUGUAUCGUGUGCGUUAAUGCACCAACUCUUAAAUUUAUGACUGUGGAAUGGRUUAUCCUGUCCGUCUUCCUUGGACGACUUUUAAUGGAAAUAUACCAGGCCAUUACGGAAAAACAACUGGGCAGUAAAUUCCGUAAACCCUCUCUGCAAUUAAAGAGAUAUGCGCCAGAAAACAGUGAUCGGCGUGAAAACUGCUCGUUACUGAACGAAGUGCCUAUGAAAAGCGAUGGAAGUCAACCGACCGUGCCAAGUGGCAAAACCAUAUUUCARUUUCUUUCCAGAAAAUUUUCCAGAUAUUUUAGUGACUGGUGGAAUGUUCUUGAUUUGAUUACACUGCUCGUAUACGUUGUUGUCCUGGUUUUACGAUUCAUUACAUGGGCCGAAGACCGUCGUGUUUCCAAGAACCGCCUCUUAGCAGUAGCUGGAUACUUUUACGGCUUAAAUACCAUGGUCCUAGCCCUCAGAGUAUUUGGUCACAUCAUGGAGUCUAGAAGGAACACGGGGUCGGUCCAGAUCGCCCGUUGUUGCGAGAUCUCAAUAACUGAAAUUCGCACUUCAAAUGAUACCAUGGUCCUAGCCCUCAGAGUAUUUGGUCACAUCAUGGAGUCUAGAAGGAACACGGGGUCGGUCCAGAUCGCGCUCUUUCAGAUUAUUGGCGCCGUAAUGGUUAUUUUGUGGCAGUUUCUUGUAGCGGUCCUAGCCUUUUCUUUUGCUAUUACCAAGAUUUACGUGACAGAAAUGUCU